CUUCCGGUUUGAGAAUGGCGAAGUUUGAGAAGCCGCUUGUCGGAGCAGUUGAUCAAGGAACAAGCAGUACCCGUUUUUUGAUUUUUUCAAGUCAAACAGCUGAGUUAGUUACAUAUCAUCAAACAGAGAUUAAGCAGUAUUAUCCUAAAGAUGGGUGGGUUGAAGAGGAUCCUAUAGAAAUUUUACAAUCAGUGAAAACAUGUAUAGUAAAAGCAACAGAGAACUUAAGAGCGUUGGGUAGGAGCCCAAACGAUAUAAAAUGUAUUGGAAUCACCAAUCAAAGAGAGACAACUGUUGUAUGGGAUAAAGAAACUGGUUUACCAUUACAUAAUGCUAUAGUAUGGUUAGAUUUAAGAACUUCUUCUACAGUCGAGGAAUUAAUUGAUAAAACUCCACAGAAAGAUAAAGAUUAUCUACGGCCAUAUUGUGGGUUGCCUAUAACAACGUAUUUUAGUGCUGUAAAAUUGAAAUGGUUAAUAGAUAAUAGUGAGGCAGUAAGAAAGGCUGUAGAACAAGAUAGAUGUUGUUUUGGUACAGUAGAUUCAUGGCUUCUGUGGAAUAUGACAGGUGGCCCUGGGAAAGGUCAACAUGUAACAGACGUUACCAAUGCCAGUAGAACCAUGCUCAUGAAUAUUCAUAAUUUACAAUGGGAUGAUAAACUAUGCAAAUUUUUUUCGAUUCCUAAAAGCAUUCUUCCAGCUAUCCAUAGCUCAUCUGAAAUCUAUGGUUAUGUAGUUGAUGGUCCAUUAAAAAAUCUACCAAUCUCAGGGAUUUUGGGUGAUCAGCAGGCAGCAUUAGUUGGUCAGACAUGUUUUUCGGUUGGCCAGGCUAAAAAUACAUAUGGAACAGGGUGUUUUCUACUAUACAACACAGGAACUAAUCUUGUUGAAUCGAAAACUGGUGUAUUAACAACUGUAGCUUAUAAAUUGGGCAAAAAUAAACCAGUAAUAUAUGCUUUGGAGGGAGCAGUAGCUAUAGCUGGAGCAUGUGUUAAAUGGUUACGAGAUAAUUUAGGUAUUAUACAAAGUGCCCCUGAUGUAGAGAAAUUGGCAUCUGCUGUUGAUAAUACUGCUGGCUGUUAUUUUGUACCAGCAUUUUCUGGUCUUUUCUGUCCAUAUUGGCAAGAUGAUGCACGAGGAACAAUUUGUGGUCUUACUCAAUAUACCAAUAAACAUCACUUGGCUAGAGCUGCACUAGAAGCUGUCUGCUUUCAAACAAGGGAGGUAUUAGAUGCUAUGAAUAAAGAUAGUGGUAUACCAUUAACAUCACUUCAAGUGGAUGGUGGUAUGACUGGUAAUAACCUAUUGAUGCAGCUACAAGCUGAUUUACUUGGCAUCAACGUAGUCCGACCAUCUAUGACAGAGACUACAGCUCUAGGUGCUGCCAUGGCUGCUGGAUAUGCUGAAGGAGUGAAAGUAUGGGAUCUUGAUAACCUUGGAUCAAAUGAAAUUGUUACAGAUGUUUUUCAACCUUCCAUCAGAGAGACAGAGAGAGAUCAGAGAUUUGGACGAUGGAAAAUGGCUGUAGAAAGAUCAUUGAAUUGGGCACAGAAAGAUGAAAGCAAAGAUUAGUCAGCCUGGAAGAUACUGGAUUUUGGAAAACACUUGGAAUUGGUUGGUUUGUCUGGACCAGCUUUGGACUUGUAAUGCUUGCAAACUUUCUCCACAAUAGAUGACCCCAGUCUAACAUCUAGAAUUUUAAUUAGUAAUUUAAAUAAUAGGAAUACAGACGCUGCAGCACCAUGCCGUCCCGUUUAGUAUGAUGAGUGAGUAAAGAUGUAGUUCUUCACCAUUAGAUCUACAAUAGUGUAACGAGGCACUUCAGAUGAAAUACAGAAUCCUAAAUUCUGUUUAAAUUGUUGGAAUUUAAUAUAGUACCAUCCACUGAUAGAGAUACAUUUGUUACUUUUAUUGGUAAAGAUUGGCUAUGAUAUUUAAAAGUAACUGUACAUGUUAUAUAGAUAUCUAUAUAUGUAUCUCUAUUUUCAAAUUUUCCACAUUUGAUUGUUGGACAAUUAUUGGCAGCUUUGUUAGAAUACUCUUUCAGAUAUAAAAUCUGGAACCAACUAUCGAUGUUGCAUCCUGUGUAUGUAGCUUUGGUACUUUUAAGUACUUGUCAACACUUGUCAUCAAUCUAACUAUAAGCAUAGGAUAUUAAUAGGUUGCUGACAACAUUGUACUAGGUUAUCCAGUCACAAAAAGAGUGGUGUACAUAGAAUACCAUAGAGCAUGUGCAGUACAAUAUUAACAUUUUGUUGUCAUAAAGUUCAUAGCUAACUGAAAAUAACCAUGAGAUUUAAACAAUCCAAACAUUCAUAGGAAAAACAUUGGAAGGUAUCUACUUGUACUCUCACUUCAAUAUUUAACAGAUCACUGUAAUUACAAUGCCUGUUAAUUUAUGCAAAACUAACAUAAAUACCUAUAUACUGUACAUAGAUAAGGUUUCCACAGAUUUUGUAGGAAUAUAUGUGAUGAGUGUAAACGUGAAACUGGUUAUAUCCAUUUUGAGUAAAUGGUAUUUAUGAGACUGCCCUUAAAUUUUGAGAGUGAAUCUAUUGGUCUCACAUAGCACAGCAUUAUGGUUGGAACCUAACUUUGCUCAAUUCUGAUAUAUUGACGUAAUUAUCUCAUUCUUUGAAGAAAUGAUGAUACCCAUUUUUGCAUUUAAGCUCUUCACAUGUAUGUACAUUUCUGACUAAACUUACAAAGACCUUUUUACAAUUGAUUUUACAAAAUACUGGAGGCUAUAGAUCAAAUUUUAGUAUAUAUUUGUUUUCCAUGCUUGAAUUUAUUUGUUUUAUAAUUCAAAUUGUAAAUUUUUCUGUUUUACCUAAAAGCUGUGUACAUACCAAAGAUUAAAUAGCCAAACGAGGAGCAAUACAUGUCUGAAAAGCAUGGUUGAUUUUAUUUGCUCAAAAUUGUUGAAAUAUUUUUGCAUAGAUAUGUAACAUAGAGGUUAAAAUUUCAAGGAUUGUGAAUUAUUAACCAAAGUAAAACAAAACGAAAGAUAACACCAGAACACCAGCUAGAAUGUUUAUUGUAAAGUUCUAGAAUGUUGAUGAACAUUUCAUGUAUGUUUCUCAGUCUUCAUUAGCCUGGAUUGUGCAGAAUAUUAAGAAAUACCAUUUCAUUUUUGUAUGAUUUGCAAUUAAAGGACAAUGUUUCUGUCCACCAAUUUUACAUUAUGUAAUUGACUUGAGAACUUUACUAUGGUUGAUUGUUCUGGAAGUGACAACAAAAAAAAGGAAAUCAGUAAUUGUUACCGAUUGAACUGUAGAUUGACGAUUUUCACCUCAAUGAUAAUUCUUCUUCUGAGAGAAGAUCUUUAUAUAAAAUCGUGAGAAAAUAUCAGUUUGUAAACCAACUUUUCAUGAAAGAACGGAUUGCCACGAGAUUAAAAAAAUAAGUAAAAUAGAAAGAAAGGUGAGUGUAUCACAGUUUUAAUUAAUUUGAGCUUUUUCUUUAAGGAAUACUACUAAAAGCAAUGUGACUUUUGUUCUUAAUCUGCACAGGUAGUGAAUUUUUUUAUUUUUUUUUUGCACCACUGAACCUUCAAAUUGUGGUUAAUACACCCAUAGCAAAUGUUAAAAGUAUUCUGGAAUAUGUUAACCAAUUCUAUCACGUAUGUAAGAUUGAUGGGCACUAACAUUGUCCUUUAAAUUGACAGUUAUCUUUAUCUUAAGCCUUAAAAACAAUACUCUGUAAUUCAUUCAUUUUCUGUUUAAUUUUAAUAAAUUUCAUUAUUUAAGUGUUUGAAGCAUGUGUUUUCCAUUCUCCUAUCUUCAUUUGGCAAACAUUACUGUGUAUACAGUAAAUGUUUUGCCUUAUAUUUUCUGUUGAUGAAUAUUCAUUUGUUUGCUUUAAGUUUACUCACCAAUGAUCAGAGACUGUUUUUUUUUAAAGUAUUAUCUCUCAUUCUUCAGAAAACAUCAAGCUUAUUGAACCUUGGCUUAAAUAUCCUUAAUGCCAUCAGUUCAUGUAAUUAAAGUGUGUGGUGAGCUCAAGGCUUCUGUUUUUUGUUCUUUUUAUUUUUCAUAACAUUUAACAGUAUUUUCCCACAUUCAAUUUAUAAACAUUUAACUGAGAUUAGGUAAAGAGGAGUUAUAUUAGUAGAUAGUAGAAGUGUCAAUACCAUCUACCAGGGGCGGAAAAUUCAUCUUUGCAUCCACUGAAAUAUGUAAUAGUCUAAAUCUGAGGAGAAAAAUGAUCUAUGAGUGGAGUGUGGAAAAGAUGUAUCAAGCCAGUUUCGUUGUCUGUCAUGUCACAUAUUCUCCACCAUGAUCAGGGGACCAUGGGAACCAAUUGGUCCAAGGGUACAGAGCUGCCCAGUCCGUCCCUGCUGUCUAUUACAUUUUACUGAGAUUAAGUAAAGAGAAGUUAUAUUAGUAGAUAUGGCUACACCUUGGUGCCAUUUAAUAAUUUAUAUACCAUACCAUGUAUUACAUACAGCAUUAUAUAGUAUUUAGACAAUCUUAUAUAUUCUUUAUUAAUUAUUUAUAGUUUAAUCAAGAAUUGAAAUAAACAUAAACUUUGUAAUUAGUAAUGUUUUAAAAAAUGUGUUAUCUGCUUUAGGACAACUACCAGUAUUGUAUUUUGGAUUCGCUUUGUAAAAAUGACUGAUAAGAUAAUGUACAAAAGCUGUAAAUCAUUAAUCAAAGUAAAAGUGUUGUUUGCUACUCUUAAAGAUGCAUUAUGUAAGUCAAACUAAAUAAGGAAAAACACAGCUAUGAACUUAUCAGUAGACACCAGUGAAUACUCAAUUGGGAUCACUGGUUUUUCGCGUUUGGUCUCAAAAUGUUAUACAAAUCAUUAAUCGGGCAUUUAUUCACAUGCCAAGCCCAUAUUCAACUCUCUAGACUAUCAGAUGGUUUUGAUUUUCAAUGGAUUUAAACAUGAUUGCCAGUUAAUAAUUUAAUUUAAAAAUGGAUAAUCAAGACUUUCUUUAUUAUCAUUACAAUGGCAGCAUUGACAUUCAAUACUACACUAACUCUGCUCAGGAUGAACUUAUUUGACUUAAAUUUUCAACAUAUAAUCCCGUUUCGUUAUCUAUUUUUUAACUAUUAUACCAAGAACUGCCAGCUCUUUAUCUAAAUAUUACAUAAUGUAUCUUUAAGUUUAUGUUAUGCAUAUAACAUGUCUUAAAGUAAGGAUUGUUACAUACUGGCUUUUGUUUGUAAUGAUGCAUACAAAAAUUAGGAUUAGGUAACUAUACAGAAACUAUACCACGUUGUUCCUUACUCAAAAUGAAAAUGGUACAUACUGUCCAUAAUCUUAUAGUUUGUAAAAGUCAUACACAAAUUUAAAUAUGUUUAAAAGCAGUAAAUUCUUUAACAUUAUUUAGUAAAUUCUAGAUUUGAUACUGAAUUUAUAUUAUACACAAGAACAAAUUCUGAUUGUAUGAUUGAUACAAGCUGUGAUUAAUAUUGCAAUUAAAAUGUAUAUUAUUCAUUAUUUACACCAUUCUAUUACAAGAUCAAAGAGAUGUAACAGAUCUGUGUAAAAGCAUAAUAAACCAUUAUUUUUUGGCAUUAGAAAAA